GCGACAACAGACAAGCAACAUUCUAAAAACAUUGAAGCGAUGAGGAGAGCUCGAUUGUUCUAUCAACGAGCCGUCCUGCGUGGGAAAUCAAUCCGUCGCGGGGUUUUGAUGGCGUUUCUUGGUCUUGCAGUUUUCUCGUGUUGGGUACCGUGGUUUAUCAUGCCAAUAGGCAGUCACUUUGAGCUGGAGAAAAAGCCCGCAUCAGCUGUGACCAGCGCCUUGAGUCCUGACGCAAGUACGACCAGCCCCUUAUUAAGUCCCAGUAAACCUGUGACCGACACCUUGCAUCCCGACGCAUCAGUGCCCAGUGUCUUACGAGCUACUGCACCUGCGUCCAGUGUUGUAUUGCGUCCUAACACACCUGUGGCUAGCGCCUUAAGUUCUGACUCACCUGUGACCAGUGUCUUGCAUCCCGACACGCCGGAGCAAGGACGACUAAAUCCGCUCGUCCCAUUCACCGUCAAGGCGACAACCCAACUGUUUAGCGAGUAUGAGGAAACGUUCCCACAACAUGGCAAGAACGAACCGGGCCAGCAUUAUCGAAUUGAAAAUACCGAGGUUCUGACGCAACCUGGGAAUAGAGACAAAGACUCAGUUUUGAUCAUUUGCGUUCUUAACGACGCUCAAUCGUGGGGGAAAAAUCGCACCAUGGAGGACUUCUUCAAACUAAUCGGGUCUUUCGAGUACCCGAGAUCGAAAAUUUCGAUCGCGUUGCUCACUUCAUCUAUGGUCGAGUUUACGAAGGCGAAACAACUCUUCGGCUCCUACAUCGAGCAAUACUCAAGAUUAUCCGUCAUCUUCCGCAACGACUUCUCGGCUAAAGGAUUAACACGUGCGAACCGCCACAUCCACUCGCUUCAGGCCAGCCGACGACGUAUGCUCGCUCGAUAUCGCAACUACGCGCUGCUUUCCACGAUGGAGUCAUGGCACCAGCACGUUCUCUGGGUGGAUGCCGACGUUACCGUCAUCCCACCAGGAUUGGUGCUGAAAAUGGUUAAGUCCGGCCGCGACAUCGUGGAGCCCAUGUGCGUUCGCAAUAUCAGAGGCAGAUGGGUUAAUUAUGACCGCAACGCGUGGGUGGGCCAGCGGAAAGUGAGGUCUGCUAACGACAAGGACUUCGUACCGGGUCCACUGAACGCCCGAUCCUUUCACAACCUCCCUGACAGAUCCAAGCCUUUUGUGCCACUAGACUCGGUAGGAGGAACGAUGUUGUAUGUGCGUGCAGAUAUACACCGGCAAGGGGUGAUGUUUCCUGUUCACUACGUCAUCGGUAGUGAGUGGGGUCGGGAAGGUUAUGACGGUAUUGAAACAGAAGGCUUAUGCUACAGCGCGCAUUUUCUGGGCUACAAGUGUUGGGGCAUGCCUCAAGACGCCAUUCAGCAUGUCUGGUAGACGAGCUUUGCAUUGUGUCCAGCUUUGUUUCGUGAAACAGUGGAUCUUGGUAUUUGAUGACCUCUAAAAUAGUGUAAAUCAACAAAUACAUCUGCUGCACGAAUAGUUGCUACGACA